AUAUAAAUCCUUACCGCGCACGUCUCGCCCUCCUCCCGCUCCUACCUUCCACUGCAUCCUCACCACUUCCGCCGCACAUUUCCCUUCACCUAGCGCGGUGGGUGCGAUCAGUGUGUGUCCGGCCGGCAGCACUUCCUUUGCCAUGGAGAAGGCCCGAAGCCACGGCAAGCUCCCGAACCCGCCACCGCUCAAGCCACCGCGUCGGGUGCGCGGUGACCGCGACCGCGCGUCCGGCGCGUCCUUCUCGGCGUCGCUCCUAGACGCAAUCUACCACUCCCUCGAUGAGCACAGCGACGCCGACACCACCACCACGCGUCGCUCGGAGGAGAAGGCGCUUGCGCCGGCGCCGGCGCAGUUCUGGUGGGCGGGCAAGCCCAAGCAUGCGGCGGCCGCGGACAGGCACCGUCGUCGCCCCGACACGGGGCCGGCGGCUCGCCCGCGGCACUCGGGGUACGCAUCGUCCACCACCUCCUCCUCCGACUCCACCUCCAGCUACAGCUUCUCCUGCUCCUCCGCCUCGACCACCGACACCGAGUGCACGCGCCGCCGACGCAGCCCGCCUCCGCCACGGCGCCAGCUGGAGGACUUCGUCGCCCCAGACGGCGCGGAUGCCACAGGCGUGCUCCCGCCCAGCGAGAAGGCGAAAAAGAAGGGCAGGCCGUGUUUCCCUGUGGCGAGGCUCCGGCCAAGAGAUGCAGCGCCAUCCUCGCCCGGACAAGCGCUGCCGCCGUCACCAGCCACGUUCGCCUGCGCCCUCAAGGCUCUGUUCACCUCCGGCCGUCUCCCAAGGAAGCCCAAGAAACCGACACGCAUCCCACCUUCGCACAUACUGCCCGAGCUACCGGAGCCAUCAUGCACGUCGGCGACGACCGAUGCGAGCACGGUGCAAAGGAGGUGCGUGCGGUUCUGCUCGGACGCCGAGGCGUCGGUGGUGGUGCGGCGCAGGGUCGAGGAGCUGGUGCGGAGCCUCGGGGAGCUGGAGGAGGACGACGAGGGGAGCGACUCCAGCUCCGAUCUCUUCGAGCUCGAGAGCCUUGCCGGCGCGAACGGCGACGAGCUGCCCGUGUAUGGCACCACCAGCCUCGUGGCAAAUCGCGCGAUCGCGCAUGCCGCGGUUUUCUAGUUCCUUUCAUGCAGAAAAGAAAGAAAUGGAAAAGGUUGUAAGAAUCCCCAAAAAAAAAGUAGCCAAAGAAAUUUUAUGCUGUUGACGGCAUUUCAUCAGUUCCAUUAUGUUUGUAUUUUGUACA